AUGGAGGCUUAUAAGGAUACCCCCAGUGCCAGCGCCCCCCAAAAGAAAAAGUGGUCCAAGGGCAAGGUUAAGGACAAGGCCCAGCACGCCGUCGUCCUUGAGAAGUCUACCGCUGAGAAGCUCAACAAGGAUGUCCAGUCCUACCGUCUCAUCACUGUCGCCACCCUUGUCGACCGUCUCAAGAUCAACGGUAGCUUGGCCCGCCAGGCUCUGGCUGAUCUCGAGGAGAGGGGAGUGAUCAAGAAGGUCGUCGGCCACCACGACCUCGGCAUCUACACCCGCGCCGUCGCCGCCGAGUAAACGUUUUCCUUCCGAUAAUUUUCUCGCGGUUUCUUGUUUUCCUUUACGAAUGAUAUCUCCAUGAAAAGUUCGGGAAUUCUGGCUGGGCGAAUGAUGUAUAGUGGUUCGAUGAUUUUCGGAGUGAACGAAUAGUCGCGCUAUUGGCCGUGUCAAGUAACGGACUAAACGCAAUUCAUCCCUUCAAUUCAUUGUUCUUUCCGUAAUAAGACGAUUGAUUUUAUAUGGAGCUGGGCUGGGGAUGGAUUAUUCGCAUUCUGUGCGUGAAGUAUCAAACGGAAGCCCUCUACAUCGUUCUAGAAUCACAUCGUGAAUAUUAUUCGCAAAUUUUAAACAUGCAAUAUACAUUCAACGCCAACUCCCUAGGC